UAGAAGGAGGCUGCAGCGACUUCUUCCUUAUUUCUCGCAGGUAUCCCACUUCCUUUAUCGCCAGAACAAUCCUUCUGGAUUAAACAACAACAAAAGAAAGAGAGAAAAAAAGAAAAAAAAAUUCGACGUGCACUCCACUCGAUGUGAAAAAGAGGGGGAAAGAGCGUAAGAUAAAAACAGAAGCGAAAUGGGAGCGUUCAGGGUGCUGUUGGGGAGUUUACAUUACAUGGGACUCUACAUGCAACUUAGUGUCUCCACGAGGCAAGCUGGACACGGCGAGAUAGAGAACCACAUCUCUGGGAACGCCAUGUUCACAGAGGUGCCUCAUGACAUGACUGCCCAAAGAGGUCAGGAUGUGGAGAUGGCCUGCUCAUUCAGAGGAGCAGGAACGCCCUCCUAUGCACUGGAAAUCCAGUGGUGGUACAUCAGGAACCAUCUUGACUGGACGCACAGGCAGCCCUGGACAACCAAUGAAGUGGCUCCUGAGGAGGAGAUGGCAAAGGAUGCUACAAAGAUAAGUGUUGUGAAAGUUGUAGGAAGCAACAUCUCCCAUAAACUACGCCUCUCCCGGGUCAAGCCGUCUGAUGAGGGCACGUACGAAUGCCGCGUCAUUGACUUCAGUGACAACGAAGGAGCACGUCACCACCGCGUCAGAGCCUACCUGCAGGUGGUGCCGGAGAGCGACAUCAUCGGCAACAACCACAACAACUUUGAGGCUAUGGAUGACACCAAGAGAGGAGUGGGAUUCUCUGAUGGGGAUGAUGUGGAGUCUCUCGGUGGCACCAAAGAGCACGCUCAUGGCCAUCACCAAAAUCACGGGCACCACCAGGAGCACGGCAAGCGGUCUUCUUCAUCCGCCCACCACAGCCACAGCCAUGGCACCAGCAGUCAGCAGCACAAGGCGGGCAGAGAGCUGAGGAAGAGGGACGUGGACAGUAACCACAGCAGCCACAAUGACUGCACCAAUGAACCAAGCUGUGUGCUGUAGAUGGCUAUUACACAAGGAUUGCAUAAUAUGAUGUGUGUCACAGCAUAAAAAGCUAUUCUUCCCACACAGUGCAUGCCUGUGCACAAAUCCAGAAUCCCUAGAAAUGUCCAGUAUGGCUUAUUCUAAGCACAGAGCUGCAAACUGUGCAGGGAAUGUAGCUUUUUCUCGCUGUGCAUGGGUCUGGGCUGGACUGCUCACCGUUCUGUCUGGCUUCACGACAUUCAGCAAAAGGGGAGGGGUGGGCUGAUGUGUAGAUCUAGGCAGCUCCACUGGUUCUGGUCUAAGCACCAAUAAAAAAAAAUAAAAAAAAAAGACUUCUGUCUUACUAUUAACCCAUGCUCUGUUCCACUCUUGUACUUUAGAUACUGUAAAAGACACACUCUGCUUUCAUGCUCAUACUUCUUCCACUGCCUUACUCUGUCAUUUGAUACACCCUCAGAAAAGAAAGGGUAAUAUUGUACAUUUUAUAGCUGGGUCUGUCCCCAGUAGAAAAAAAAAAUCCUCCCUUUCAUUCUGAGAAUAUUCUGAAUGAAACUCAGCCUACUUCUUUCCCUGGAAAUCUUUAUAGCUCCAUUACGUCUUUCUUUUUGUGUGUGUAUUCAAUAAUGGACAUAAAUAUGGUGCAAAAGCUGUAUACAGCCACAAAUCGACAAGUGUUCUCCCCGUGCUCCCAGAGCAGCAGUGCUCAUCCAGCACAGACACCAUCUCAAAUCAUAAGUACAGCGUUGGUUUGGAAAGUGUGAGAUUUCAAAUCAAACAAAGAACAACACGGGCUGCAUUUUCCCCACAGAGCUUUUGAGUUUAUGAAUUUGUCACCUCUCUGAAAAUUUGCCUUCUCUCCCUCGUGCUGCAGGUUUGAUCCAUCCAUGGCUGUUCAUGCUGAGACAAAUCAAUCAAAUCUUUCCGUGAGGACCCUGCACGCUUGGAAAGCCAUGAAAAGAUCAAAUCCAUGCUGCUGAAUUAAACAGAUUUGGUGUGUUUCUGAAUCCUCACUAUAAAUAAAUUGAAGAAAUGGUGAAAGAUACUUUUUUUUUUUUUUUUGUAGGAGCAGAGCUGUAUUCCUCUCAUAGCUUAGUUCCUUUAUUCCAGUGCUCUAGCCCAGAACUCAUCAGUCAUUAAAAAAAAAAGCCUCAAUCCUCUCCACUACAAGCCUCUAAUCCACCCUGUGUAUAUGACUGUAAAUAAGAAAUAAAGUUAGUGCAUGUUCAGUGAUUUUCUUAAAAAAAAAAAAACUUUUGCAGCCAAUCAAUAACAAAAACAGUGUGUUACUUAAGAUUACUUUUACCAUAAAAAAACACUUUGUUCUGUUCUGAAUCCAUAUUUUACUUUUGAAGUCUUUUCAAUUGGAUCUUUAUUUUCUAAGCAGUUUUCUGUUGCUUUACUGCUUUCCAAAAGUGCUGUACAGACACAUGAAUGACACAUUCUCUUCAUAGCUGCUCAGAAGGGGGGGACGGCUCCCCUAAUGUAUCUUAGUACUUCAGCAGUGUUUCUUAAACUACUGUAUUUGCAGGGCAGCAAACAUGAGUGUUAUCAUAUUAUAACGAGCCUGAACACGCGUGUCUGAAAAGGUCUGAGGGGCCAUUUUUCUUCUGUCAUUUUCAAGAAUAAUCUCUUUGCUUAGAUGCUUGUAUGAAACCUCGACUGCAAAGGUGAAGAGGAGGCUUUCUGGGAUAUAGGUUACUCUAAAGAGAUCAAUUGGGACAAAGUGGAUGUGGGUAAUGUUAGAUAAAGCCUUCGGCAGCGAGGGUGAAAUGUAAGAGGAAAUGAUGUUAGUGAAACACUGAAAUUGUCUGUCCAUUCUGCCUCAAAAUAUAGUCUUGUGUCUCAAGGCCAUGAGCGGUUCCAGUUCUGUGGUGUAUUAACCUCCAGAGGGACAGCAGUGCUUCUGCUACUAUAGGCAGACUGGGAGGCUGGUUUAAUGCAAGAAGCAGUGAUCAGUAGGAUUUUUUUUCAACUAGUAAUUUGAUUUGAUGUUUUGUAAAGAAGAGAUCACUGUUGCAGGGGGGGAGAGGGAAAUGUACAUUUCUUCUAGAAUGUUUGGUCUCUC